GCACCUUGGAAUUCAAGCUUUCAUUUUGCAAAUCCAGCCCUUAUGGGCUGCAGGCUGAAUGAGUCUGGUGUAAAGCCAAGAACCAUCUGGAGUGAUUUUAAUGAGCUUCAGGCUCCACGUCUUCAUAGAAUUUUUCAGCAAAGUAAUCUGGUCUGAGAUAAAUAAAUAUCUACACAUAUCUUUUCUUAAACUUGCUUCCUCCUGAUUAGAAAUACUUCUAGAAGCCGCAGGUGAAGGUUUUGGAGCUUGAGAGAACUCAGACAGCAAGGCUGGGCAGGAAAGAAUUCCAUGAAUAGCCUUCUGCAUCCAGGAGUGUAAAUGGUGUGCAUCAGCACUGUUGUGAACAAUGGCCCCCUUCUUACGGAUAUCUUUCAACUCAUUUGAGCUGGGACCCAUGCAGAAUCAAGGGGAACAACUACAGCCUUUCUGUGCUAUCAAGAUGAAGGAGGCAUUGACUACGGAGAGAGGAAAAACUCUGGUUCAGAAGAAACCCACCAUGUAUCCGGAAUGGAAGUCUACUUUUGAUGCCCACAUUUAUGAAGGACGCGUGAUUCAGAUUGUUCUCAUGAAAGCAGCAGAAGAGCCAUUGUCUGAGGUGACUGUAGGUGUGUCUGUCCUGGCGGAGCGCUGCAAGAAGGGCAGCGGAAAAGCAGAAUUCUGGCUUGACCUACAGCCUCAGGGGAAGGUGCUGAUGGCUGUGCAGUACUUUUUAGAAGAUGCAGAUUGCAGACAGUCAGUGAGGGAAGAAGAAGGAACAGUAACUAUCAACAGGAGAGGAGCUAUCAAGCAAGCAAAGAUCCACUACAUCAAAAAUCAUGAAUUUAUUGCUACCUUCUUUGGACAGCCCACAUUUUGUUCUGUCUGCAAAGAGUUUGUAUGGGGACUGAACAAACAAGGAUACAAAUGUAGGCAGUGCAACGCUGCUAUUCAUAAGAAAUGUAUUGAUAAAAUCAUUGGGAGGUGUACUGGUACUGCAGCCAACAGCAGAGACACGAUGUUUCAGAAGGAACGUUUCAACAUUGACAUGCCUCACCGCUUCAAAGUUUACAACUACAUGAGCCCUACUUUCUGUGACCACUGCGGCAGCCUGCUCUGGGGGCUGGUCAAGCAAGGACUCAAAUGUGAAGAAUGUGCAAUGAAUGUGCAUCAUAAAUGCCAAAAGAAGGUGGCCAACCUGUGUGGAAUUAACCAGAAGUUGCUAGCUGAAGCUUUAACUCAAGUCAGCCAGAAGUCCACACGAAGGUCUGAUUCUGGAUCUGUAGAAAAUGUUGGUAUUUACCAGGAUUUUGAUAAGAAACUUCGAGGUCCAGGAGGGGAUACAACAGCAGAUAACAGCCAAUAUGAUAAACUCUGGGAGGGAAGCUCUGCCAAGCCAGCAUCACGAAUUGCAAGCAGGAGAAAAUUCAAUAUUGACAGCUUUGUCUUCCAUAAAGUACUGGGGAAAGGAAGUUUUGGAAAGGUCCUGCUUGCUGAGCUGAAAGGAAAGAAUGAGUUCUUUGCCAUCAAAGCUCUGAAAAAAGAUGUGGUGCUAAUUGAUGAUGAUGUGGAAUGCACCAUGGUGGAGAAGCGAGUCCUAGCACUUGCAUGGGAAAAUCCAUUUCUCACGCACCUUUACUGCACGUUCCAGACAAAGGAUCACCUGUUUUUUGUUAUGGAGUUCCUGAAUGGGGGAGACCUGAUGUUUCACAUACAAGACAAGGGGCGUUUCGAUCUCUACAGAGCAACGUUUUAUGGAGCUGAAAUUUUAUGUGGGCUACAGUUUCUUCACAGCAAAGGCAUUAUUUAUAGAGACCUAAAAUUGGACAAUGUUAUGCUCGAUAAAGAAGGCCACAUCAAAAUAGCUGAUUUUGGAAUGUGCAAAGAAAAUGUAGUUGGUGAGAACAAGGCAAGCACUUUCUGUGGGACCCCAGACUACAUUGCUCCAGAGAUUCUGCAAGGCUUGAAGUACACAUUCUCUGUGGACUGGUGGUCAUUUGGGGUCCUGCUGUACGAGAUGCUCAUUGGGCAGUCCCCUUUCCAUGGGGAUGAUGAAGAUGAGUUGUUUGAGUCGAUCCGCAUGGACACACCUCACUACCCACGCUGGAUUACCAAGGAAUCAAAAGAUAUAUUAGAAAAGCUAUUUGAAAGAGAUCCAACAAGAAGGCUUGGUGUCACUGGGAAUAUCAGAGCUCAUCCUUUCUUCAAAACCAUCAACUGGAUGACCCUAGAGAAGAGGGAGGUAGACCCUCCUUUCAAGCCAAAAGUGAAGUCAGCGAGUGACUACAACAACUUUGACAGAGAAUUUCUGAACGAGAAGCCAAAGCUCUCCUACAGUGACAAAAACCUGAUUGACUCCAUGGAUCAGUCUGCGUUCGAUGGCUUCUCCUUCACCAACCCUAAAUUUGAACAGAUCUUAGAAAAAUAGUCCGACCAGAGCCAGACUUCCAAAUGCUAGGAGCAGAAAACUGCAGUGCUCCGUGCUGUGUUCCAGUGAUGUGUCAGUACUUCAGCACAGCAGCUCAGUAGUGUGGGUAAUCACGUGUAACUGCUGCUGUACUGGCAGUGUUCUUUUAUGCAUGGCCGGGUGUGAGGUAUGUGAAUCACGUGCACUAUUUUCUCUGUUUGGGAAAAUGUAAAUUGUUUGG